AUGGAACUUCCCAUGGACCAGCAACUGGAAGGUCACGACCUGGUAGCCCAGUUAGUUCAAUCCGAACAACUCAGCCGCAUGAAUGAAAAAACUGCCUAUUAUCUUAAACUGGCUAAACUGCGCCUACCGGCAAGCAUUGAAAAUAUAGAAUGUAACCCCGCACGCAAUCUUACCAAACAACAACUGGCAACCCUUGCAGAAGGAAGGUAUAUACAGCAGGGAGAAAAUGUACUGAUCACUGGUGCCACUGGUUGUGGUAAAAGUUAUCUCGCCUGUGCACUCGGGCACCAGGCCUGUAUGCAGGGAUACAAAACCACCUACCUGAAUAUGAACCGCCUCAUUGAAAAAGUAACCUUAUCAAAGUUAGAUGGCUCUUACAUCAAGCUACUAAACCACCUGGAAAGACAAACACUCAUUAUCCUCGAUGAUUUUGGCUUACAAAACCUGGGGCAGGAAGUACGGCUUACCCUUUUGCAAUUACUCGAGGACCGCUAUGGAAAGAAAAGUAUCAUCGUAACAUCACAACUACCGGCAGGAAAAUGGUAUGAGUAUAUUAAUGAUCCUACACUUGCAGAUGCUAUACUAGACAGACUGACAGCUAAUGCACAUCGGAUUGAACUAAAAGGAGAAUCAUUAAGAAGGAAAAAAAUGAAACCAAAUCAAUAA